AUGCAUCUUAUUGAUUCUCACACACACUCCAUAAGUAAACUUGAAUCACAAAUUGGUCAGUUAGCUAAUGCACUUAGUAAGAGGGAUGAUGGUAAACUUCCUAGUCAUUCCGUUGAGAAUCCUAAGAUUAAAAAUUAUGAACAUGUGAAUGCAGUUAUGACUCUUAGGAAUGGUAAAGACGUAGAUAACUUAGUGUCGGGAAAGAAGAAGCAUGAUAAUGGAUUUAAUACUCAGGAGAAUAAAAUUGAAAAAGAAAAUAUGGAUGCCCUUUCCCCGAAUGUUUCUAAAUCUCCUGAUCCAAUCCCAUAUGAGCCUAAAGUUCCUUACCCUCAAGCUUUAGAGUUGUCUUACAACCCUAAGAAAGAUAAGAAAAUGGAUGAUAUUUUAGAAAUUUUCAAACAAGUUAAAAUUAAUCUUCCAUUAUUAGAGCCAUUCAGCAAGUUCCUGCUUAUGUUAAAUUUCUUAAAGACAUAUGUACGUUUAAAAGAAAAUCUAAGAGUCAUGUACCUAAGAAGGUCAGUUUACAUGGUCAAGUUAGCUCAAUUCUGCAAUAUAAUUCCCCACCUAAACUUAAAGAUCCUGGUGUUCCAACAAUUUCUUGUUAUAUUGGAAAUCAUAAGAUUGACAAUGCUCUUUUGGAUCUUGGCUAGUGUUAACUUGAUACCAUAUUCUGUUUAUGAGAAAUUAGGCUUAGGUGAGUUACAACUUGCCAAUAUGACUUUACAACUUGCUGAUAGAUCUUUUGGGAUGCCGCGGGGAAGAAUUGAUGAUGUGUUAGUUAAGGUAGAUAAUGUUUUCUUUCCUGUUGAUUUUGUAGUUCUUGACAUCGACCCUAAUCUCCCUAAGAAUAAUCUUCCUGUUAUUUUGGGUCGUCCUUUCUUGGCUACUGCUGAUGCAACUAUUAACUGUAGGACGGGAGUUAUGGAUGUUUCUAUUCUAAACAUGAGAGUUAAGCUUAAUGUUUUUAAAACUUCAUCCCUCUCCACUAAUGAAGAAGAAUCUGCUUGUUAUGCUAUUCAUACGUUUAAUAAUUCUAAGAUUAAUCGACCCUUCUCUGUUUAA